GAACUACAAUCUACACAUCCUGGCUUCAGGAGACGUUCACAGACCUCAGUUGCACAGCAAGACGAAGAAACAGAAGAGGAGCAAUUCUGCUGUAUUAUACCGAAAAGUUACAAACAAGAGGACUAUAUAAUUAUGUUGGUACAGUCCAACCAGUUUAGAACGCAGCCUGUUUUCCGUCGGUGAGGAGGAGGAGGAGGAGGAGGAGGCGGCUCGGACGGCUGGUCGGGGAUGAGACGUGUGCUCAGCUCGGUCCCUAAAGUGUGGCCGCCGGCGCAGCCGCUUCAGUUAAAACACUCCUCUCUUCUGCUGUGCACCUCGUCUCCGCAGGCGGACGCCACUUGCAAUGGGACGCACACUAAGAAGGCGCCGCCGUCAGACGCUCAGCUGUUCGAGGCCCAGUUCCAGGAGCUGACGACGGAGCUCACGGAGAGGGACCUCGCGGAUCCUGCGCUGGCCGACUCUCUGAGCAGGUUGAGAGAUAUUUUGGUGUACAAUGCUCCUGGUGGCAAGAGGAACCGAGGCAUGUCUGUGAUCGGCUCACUGAGGGAGCUCCUCCCGUCCUCCCAGCUCACACAGGACACUGUGCAGGAGGCUCUGAUUGUUGGCUGGUGCAUUGAGCUGCUUCAGGCCUUUUUCCUCAUGUCAGAUGAUAUCAUGGAUGGAUCUGUGACACGAAGAGGACAGCCCUGCUGGUACAAGAAGGACGGAAUAGGUCUGGACGCCAUCAAUGAUGCGUUUCUCAUGGAAGGAUCAAUCUACAGGUUACUUCGCAGACAUUGCAGGGAUCAGCCGUACUACGUCCACCUACUGGAGCUUUUUACUGAGACAUCUUUCCAGACAGAGCUUGGCCAGGCUCUGGACCUAAUGACGGCCCCCCCAGGUCAGAUUGACCUCAACAGAUUCACCAUGGAGAGGUAUAAAGCUAUUGUAAAAUACAAGACUGCCUUCUACUCUUUCUACCUCCCAGUGGCAGCUGCAAUGUACAUGGCUGGAAUCAAAAGUGAGGAGGAACACAAUAAUGCCAAACACAUCUUACUUGAGAUGGGAGAGUUUUUCCAAAUACAGGACGACUACCUGGACUGUUAUGGUGACCCUGCUGUGACAGGGAAGAUUGGCACAGACAUCCAGGACAACAAAUGCAGCUGGCUGGUGGUGACAGCACUGGAAGUCAUGACCCCUAAGCAGAGAGCAGAGCUGGAGGCAUGCUACGCGCGCCACGAUGAAGCCAGUGUAGAAAAGGUCAAAGCACUGUACAACACCCUUCAAAUGCAAACACUGUACCACAAAUAUGAAGAUGAGAGCUACAGGCGGCUACAGAAACUCAUCGCUUGUCACGCUCAAAACCUUCCUCACUCAGUCUUCCUCAACUUUGCCAAGAAAAUCUACAAGAGGGACAAGUGAGAGGUGAUGAUCUUUGGAGGUGUCAGGUGCAACGCUUCUGACUUUUAUCAUGACGCACAAAUGAGCUCCUCUCCCUUGAAAGAGCGUUUGACUGGGACAGGGCUCUGAAUCCCAACAGCAUGACCCAAACAGGAACGAGAUGCUUUGAAAUCCUGGAGGGGCUUUCUGAAGUCUUCAGUCAAUUGUACUGUAGAUACACUAUUUGGAUGCUGAUGUCAUCAAACAGCCAGUCUCUUCCGUUCGAUUUAUUGAACGCAAUGAAUAAUGUACAGUGUAACCAAUCAUUAAUAUAGGAAUGAUUUAGGAUGGAUUGAUGUAGCUCUCAUAUUCACCUGCCUCAAGGAAUGCAUGGCAGGAUGAAGAUACAAACUAAAUGAUAGAGUGAAAAUAGUUAAGGUUUUGAAAGAAUGGGUUUGUUAAUUGAUAAUAUACAAAGGGACAGUACUCGUAUGAAAGAAGAUGUAUCCUGACUACUGAGCACAGAGGGUCAAGCCUGAUUAGUUGUGUUAAUUCCAAAUAUUUUUAUAUUGUUCCUGGAGUUAAAUAAAUAAUUUAUGUUCAGAA